AUGGACCACCAGGAGCCCUAUUCUGUGCAGGCCAAGGCGGCCAUUGCGGCAGUCAUCACCUUCCUCAUCCUCUUCACCAUCUUUGGCAACGCUCUGGUCAUUUUGGCUGUGCUGACCAGUCGCUCUUUGCGUGCCCCGCAGAACCUGUUUCUAGUAUCGCUGGCCGCUGCUGACAUUCUGGUAGCCACACUCAUCAUACCUUUCUCACUGGCCAACGAGCUGCUGGGCUACUGGUAUUUCCGGCAUAUGUGGUGCGAGGUGUACCUGGCGCUGGACGUGCUUUUCUGUACCUCGUCCAUCGUACACCUGUGCGCCAUCAGCCUGGACCGCUACUGGGCAGUGAGCCGUGCGCUAGAGUACAACUCCAAGCGCACCCCACGCCGCAUCAAGUGCAUCAUACUCACUGUGUGGCUCAUCGCAGCCGCCAUCUCGCUGCCACCUCUCAUUUACAAGGGCGACCAGGAUCCUCAGCCCCACGGGCGCCCCCAGUGCAAGCUCAACCAAGAGGCCUGGUACAUCCUGUCUUCCAGUAUUGGCUCCUUCUUUGCCCCCUGCCUCAUCAUGAUCCUCGUUUACCUGCGCAUCUACCUGAUUGCCAAACGCAGCAACCGCCGAGGGCCCAGGGCCAAGGGGGCCACCAGGGAGGGUGAGUCCAAGCUGCCCCAUCCCAUGGCUGCAGGGGCUUCAGCCUCAGCCAAGCCACCAACCUUGACCUCUUCUUUGGCUGUUGCUGGAGAGGCCAAUGGACACUCUAAGCCCACUGGAGAGGAGGCGGAAACUCUAGAAGAUCCUGUGACCUCGACAUUGCCACCUAGCUGGCCUGCCCUUCCCAACUCAGGCCAAGGUCAAAAGGAGGGUGUCUGUGAGACAUCUCCAGAGGAGGAUGAUGAAGAGGAAGAGUGUGGACCCCAGGCUGUGCCAGUCUCCCCUGCCUCUGCUGGCAGCCCACCCCUGCAGCAGCCACAGGGUUCUCGGGUGCUGGCUACCUUACGUGGCCAGGUGCUCCUGGGCAGGGGUGUGGGUGCUGCAGGAGGGCAGUGGUGGCGCCGGAGGACACAGCUGACCCGGGAGAAGCGGUUCACUUUUGUGCUGGCUGUGGUCAUUGGUGUCUUUGUGCUCUGCUGGUUCCCCUUCUUCUUUAGCUACAGCCUGGGGGCCAUCUGCCCACAGCACUGCAAGGUGCCCCAUGGCCUCUUCCAGUUCUUUUUCUGGAUUGGCUACUGCAACAGCUCCCUUAACCCUGUCAUCUAUACCAUCUUCAACCAGGAUUUCCGCCGUGCCUUCCGAAGGAUCCUUUGCCGCCAGUGGACCCAGACGGCCUGGUGA